AUGAGGACUCCGUCUAUCAAUUUACUGCGAGCAGCGGCGCAGACCGGUCGUUCAGUUUCGCGGCCAAUUGGACGCCAGGGGACAAAAUGCGCUUCUCGUUGGUCGUCCACUUCGACUUCUGCAGGCUCGGAAAGGCAGUGGUCAACGCCUCUCGCAAAGACGCUGGCUGAGGCCAUCACUACGACUGGUCCGAUCUCUGUAGCUGCCUACAUGCGACAAUGCCUCACGCAUCCCGACAGCGGUUACUACACAAGACAAACCACCGGCGGACAGGAUCAAUUCGGAACCAAGGGCGACUUUGUGACUUCGCCAGAAAUUAGCCAAAUAUUUGGCGAAUUAGUCGGAAUAUGGGUAUAUGCGGAAUGGCUGGCGCAAGGAAGGAAAGACAAAGUGCAGAUUAUCGAGGUUGGCCCUGGACGAGGAACGUUGAUGGACGAUGUGCUGAGGACGAUAUCAAGCUUCAAGACUUUCACCAAGAGCAUCGAAACCAUCUAUCUCAUCGAAGCAUCACCCUACCUGCAGAAACAGCAGGCAAAGCUGCUUUCUGGGACCGACGAUCUUACCAAGAGCGAUAUUGGCUUGACCGCACCGUGCAAGUACAUUCCAGGCUGCAAGAUUGAGUGGUGUGAAGAUAUCCGGCUUGUACCCAAGGAAGCUACGGCGACCCCGUUCAUACUUGCUCAUGAGUUUUUCGAUGCUCUCCCGAUACACGUAUUUCAAAAUGUCGCACAAUCUUCAAUACCCGCUUCGUCCACUAUCAUUACGCCGACAGGCCCUAUAAAACCUAAGCACGGCGUAACGACCCCCCAGAACAACUGGCAUGAGCUUGUUGUGUCGCCAACUUCCCCAUACACAGAUGCGAACACAUCAACUUCAAAGAAAGACACGGAGAGGCUCGAUUUUGAGCUGACUGUCUCGAAGACACCAACACCACAUUCGUUGUACCUACCCAAGCUCUCAGAUCGUUACAAGAAGCUGGAGAAGACGCCCGAUGCGAUUAUUGAAAUCUCACCUGAAUCGCUCGCCUAUGUUUCUGACUUUGCUGUGCGGAUAGGUGGUAGUAAUAUCAAAACCGACAAUACCUCAGCACCGGCUACUCAGCGCAAUCGACCGCACCAUGACGAGGAAAACUUCACAAAGUCACAGCCGUCUGGCGCAGCCCUUAUUCUCGACUAUGGCCCUCUAGACACCAUUCCGGCAAACACGCUUCGCGGAAUUCGAUCGCACACUACAGUCUCACCUUUCGCAUCGCCGGGUCUGGUGGACCUCUCGGCCGAUGUAGACUUUCUCGCUUUGGCAGACUCGGCCUUGGAUGCCUCUCCUGGCGUUGAAGUUCAUGGCCCCGUUGAACAGUCUUUCUUCCUGUCGACAAUGGGCAUCAAAGAGCGAGCUGACCGCUUGCUCCAGGCAGCAAAGGACGACGAGACGAAAAGGCGCCUGGAAACAGGGUGGAAGCGGCUCGUUGAUAGAGGCCCGAACGGCAUGGGUAAAACCUACAAGGCCAUGGCCAUAGUGCCGUAUAAGACGCAAGGCCCGGUUCGACGACCAAUUGGGUUUGGCGGGGACCUUGUUGCAUAAGAGUAGCAUAGACAUUAGCCAAACGACUUUGACGGUCUUGCUGUUGUGCAAUGAGAGCAGCUGCAAGGACAGCGCACGA